AUGUCACGAGCCGUAGUGGAUCAACCCUUUACAUCAAGAUACAUUCAAGAUGAAGGACAAAAUCCGAUCAUUAUGCGGAACACACACGCUACCACGACGAAUAGAGAUGUCCCACCCCUUUGUGGCAUCCCAGCAUAUAUAUAUAGUGUAUAUGAUUCAUUCAGAAUCAUGGAUUGCUAUGUCUACUUGGUAACGGAUCCAUCACUAGCAAUGCAAGGUUCACGUAAGCUUCCAAAGAGUCAAAAUCAUACCCAUUCAAGGGAGCAAUUGAAGCACAGUUGUCUGCAAAAUGAUCUCCUUCUUUGGAAAAACCCUUUAAAGACGUGCAAAUAUUUCUUAAUUGCCAUUUCUUCCCUUUUACUAUUCAAAUUCAUCAACAAUUUCAUAUCUCUGGCAUUCAAACUGUUCUCCUAUAUUCUAUUUGCAACUGGUUCCAUUGAGUUCAUUUCAACCAGGGUGCUUGGUCAGAAGCAUGGUAUUAUUUCAGUGUUUGCUCGUGAAAACCAUUUGAAUGAGGUCAAACAACCUGACUUGCACGUGAAGGAUAAUGUAUGUAAAGCAGUGGACUCCAUGCAGAGGAAGCUAAUUGACCUAGUUAUACCUGCCUCUGUAAAGAAAACUAUAAAUACUGGUUUAGUGCUUUUCAUACUUCAUAAAGCCAUUUUACUGACCUCCGUCUGGUCCGUUGCUUUGAUGUUGGUUAUAAUGCUAUUUACGGUGCCACUAUUUUACAAUCUAUAUUUUGAAGAAGUACAUUCAAUAAUGGAUUAUGUCUAUGAUAAUUACAUUGAGGCGUGGAUUAAAAGGUUUAAGAAAAAGACAGACACUAUGGUGACCAGGACUAAUGAAAAGCUGGGAGACCCAGUUCACAAGUACAAAGAAAACGUUGUUGAACAUGAGCCUGUGGACUCGAAACCAGGUGACGAUGAAAUGAUAUUGUGA